AUAUCAUUAUAUGAUACCCAAACUCAGAUUGCAACACUGCAUGCAUCGAUUUACUGUAAAACUUCACAACCACUUACUCUAGGUGGCGACAGUACUAUGUACAAUGAAUUGUGUCAGAGUGGGUUGACCUCUUGUGACUGGUAUAAAACAAAUGACCUCACAUAUGCAUAGGUUAUUACAUUAAUAUUUGUUAACUCAGCACUUACAGUACCUCAAAUAGUAUAAUCCAUUGACAGUUAUGCUGUUUGUAAAUGUAUGUGCUGAAUAUACACAACUGAAUACACAUUUGUUGUAGAUAGAUCUGGUAUUCAUUAAGAUUUGACAUCAGACAGAGAAAAUWAUUCAGGUCUGAAAAAAUACAUUCUGGGGAAAUUGGGUUGCUUCACAAAGAAAGAGCCGAGCACGUCAUUUCCUCCAAUGACAAAUGCGUGGUUUCAGUCUUUUAAAAGGUUUUUCAGGGGAGUGAUCAUGACUAGUUUGUGUCUGACACUUGGCCUAUGUCACUGUAUGAGAAAUGAGUGGUCAUGUAAAGAAUAUGUAUCCUCAGCUGUCCAUAUCACAAGCAGCAAGAACAUUGCUCUCCCUGUUACUGGUGGCUGCCAUUGAUUCAGUGAAUGCUGGAAUAGCAUGUAGGAACCAACAGUGUGAGAGUCACAUACAAAGAAGUUCCAAGCUAACCAGACUCAUACAUAUGGAAUCUGUGGACCUCUUAAAAAUAUAUAAAGCCAGUCAAGGAGACAUGUCAGAGCUGUUCUGCCAGAUGCCAAACAACAUUGUUCCUGACCCAAACAUCUCUGGCCUGGACCCCUCAGAGCGGAUGCUGAGCAUCUACUCCCACUGUAAGGCUUUCCUACCACACCUGAAGAGAGUCACUGAGCAACAGAGAGACUUACAGCCACCCUCCAGCCCCCUGCUAAACAACCUCACCACUGCCCAGUACCGCACUAGUGGUCUGGCCAACCAAAUAAACUGCAUUUACCAAAACCUCUUUCCAAACCUGCCCAUCCCACUUGAACCUGUAGACGGACCGACGUCAAUACACCCCUCCCAAAACGUGUUCCAACAGAAGGUCUAUGGUUGUGUGGUUCUGAAGAAUUUCAAGGAGCUCCUGUCACAGAUGAGACAUGAACUAAGGACCUUAAAGAACCAAAUGUGCAAAAGUAGGACAUUUGCAUACACAAAUGCACUGUUCUGAGGCCAACUUUCUAUUAUAUUUUAUUUAUUAUUUAUUUGGACACGUGUUCAGAAGUUACAGAAGCUUAUUGCUGCCACUGGAAAAAAMCUCUGCACAAAUGUUUGACUUUGAAUAACUUAAAUACAUUUUGUUUGUGUUGAGAAUUAAUUAACUUAACUUGUGURUUAAAAUUGCCCUGCAGUAUUCUUGUAGACUACUGUGAGAUUUUUAAAUGAAUGUCUUUUGUCAAAUCUGAGUCACUUUGAUAGUUUUGUCCAUUUUAAGUUUUGUGAGCAAAUUAAAAAGAAGUAUUCUCGCAGCCUGUGCUCAAGUGAAGUCUGUGAUGUUAACCUUAGACUGCAGAACGUCAACACAGUGGUCCCAACAUGAGAUAUGCCAGGAAGCAAUUGAGACAGUCUGUGAUCUCAUCUCACAAUGACAUGUCUUUAAGACAGCACAGCAUCUGAUAGGAAA